AUGAGGAAAAGGACAUACCAGGCAGAGUUCCUCAAUUAUGGCUUCACAGAAAUAGAGAACAAAGGACAAAUGAAGCCACAAUGUGUCGUCUGUUUGAAAGUGCUGACUACAGAGUCUUUCAAAAAUAAUCAGCUGAAGAAACACUUGGACAAUUUGCACUCACAUCUGUCUUCCAAACCACGGGAAUACUUUGAGAAUUUGGAAAGAGCUGUCAAAAGGCAGAGAUUGGAUAGCAACAAGAGAGCAACAUUUGAUCAACGUUCAGCAUCAAAAGCUAGCUUUGAAGUGGCCUGGUUGAUUGCUCGAAACAAGAAGCCGCAUACUAUUGGCGAAGAAUUAGUCAAACCUGCAGCUGUGGGAAUGGCAGAAAUCAUGUGUGGGCAGAAAGAAGCCAUGCAAAUGGGUUCAGUGCCUUUGUCUGCAAGAGUUGUGAAAGAGAGAAUUUCCAUCUUAGCAGAAAAUGUGAGAGAACAAGUGAUUUCUUCAAUAAAAGAGACCAAAGAUUUUGCUAUUCAACUUGAUGAGACUACAGAUGUCAGUAGCAAUUCGCAGCUGAUGGUAUAUGCUCGACACAGGGGUUCUGAUGCAAUUGAAAAAGAAAUGUUGUUAUGUUCUCCUCUUGAGUUGAGAUCUCGUGGAAUUGAUGUCUUCAACAAGGUUGAUGCACACUUCAAAAAACCAAGUGUUGAUUUGAAGUGGGAAGACUAUAUUGCUGUGUCUGUUGAUGGAGCUCCAGCCAUGUUGGGUCAUGUCAGUGACUUUGUGACUUUGGCCAAAGAGCAGAAUCCAAAAAUUGAGGUUUCCCACUGUAUGAUAUAUCGCCAGGCAUUGGUUGUGAAGCAGUUGGAACCAGAACUGGAAGCUGUCAUUAAUGAUGUGAUCAAGAUUGUCAAUGCUGUGAAAGGGCAUGCACUAAACACAUGGCUGUUUCGUGAUUUAUGUGAGGAUGGGGAGGCUGAAUAUUCAGGCCUCCUUUUUCACACAGAUGUGAGGUGGCUUUCACGUGGAAAUGCCCUGGUGAUCAAAAACAUGCCCUUGCAGAUAAGUUCAGAAACUCCACUUGGCUUGCACUUCUUGCAUAUUUAG